AUGAAUUCGAACGAAGUUCUCCAAGGAAGUGAUCGCAUCAGGGUUUUGGUAAAGCUCCUCACAUUGAUCCAAUCACUCGAAGUAGGAAGAACAGGAUACAUAUUCACUUAUUUCUAGGAGAAGAUUUGUCAGAGGGACACCGAUCGGCAAGCUGUGGAAGAGCUGAAGAAAAUUUUCGCAGAACAUCACAAUUGCUCCCGCAACAGGAUCAAUCUUGUAAUCACAAUUCCUUUGGUGCGUAGCUACUAAUCAUAUUUUUCAGUUAAUCAGAAAGAUUUGGAAGUUGAACGGCAUGAUUUUUUGUCGGGAAGGAGCGUCUUCUGAGAUCACAGUACCUUCCUUGAAUCCGCCUUCGUCUCAAUAUAAGGAUAAACAUCUCCGAUUGUUGGCAGAAAUCGUUGAAAGAUUGGAUCGAUUGGAGAAGAGGGAUCAGGUAUACUCGGCCAUGAAUAUAUGCCUUAUUCAUAUUUAGCAAUCUUCGUUUCCCUGGAAAAAUGAAGCCAAUGCCUUAUAUCGUGUGGUAGAGUUGACCGAAAGUUACGAAUUGGUAUGACUUUUUCUAUGCGGAUAAUGAUAAUUGUAGUGUGUGAAAGCUUUGUUGGAACGUAUUGAGUCGAUUAACAAAGUGUGCAGUAUGCCAGCCUUGAUUUGCCACAAUGAUGUUGUUGAUGGAAUCUAUUCUGUGGAAGAAGUUGACCGUGUGAUUCAUGUCUUGGAGGUGUUUGCAAAAAAACUGGCAAAUUAUGUGAGUUUUGGUUCUAUGAUGAUUGCUUACGAUGAUUGACUGACUUUUGAUUACUUUACCUUAGCUCGCGAAUACUCGGUUUGCCGGAAAUUCAGCAUCUUGA